AUGGCUUUCGACAAUUCGCACAACGAUAAGGACUGCCUUGAGCCCAUCGCGAUCGUAGGCCUAUCACUCCGGUUCCCGGCCGGAGCCACAGAUUUAGAUCGUUUCUUCAAUUUGAUCACAGAGGCCCGUUGCGUGUCGCAAGCAUUCCCCUCUGACCGUCUGGAUGUUACGGGCGCCUACUGGCCCAAGGCUGCAGCCGCAGUCCCGACGGUGAGCGGAGGACAUUUCCUAGCUGAAGAUAUCACUGCAUUCGAUGCACCCUUCUUUGGCAUCUCAGCCGUGGAGGCAGCCUCCAUGGACCCCCAGCAGCGACUGCUCCUGGAAACCAGCUACGUUGCCUUGGAAAAUGCCGGGAUCCCCAUCGAGCAGAUUACGGGGUCCAACGCCUCCGUCUAUGUCGGCUGCUUCACCGAUGACUACAAGGAACUUUACCGGAAAGACGUGCGCGACAGCGCACCCUACGCAGCCACGGGGAUCACCACCACGCUGAACGCGAACCGCGUGAGCUGGUUCUACAACUUCAUGGGCCCCAGUAUCAACGUGGACACUGCCUGCUCCAGUAGCCUGGUCGCCCUGGACUUAGCCUGUCAGGCGCUGCGCGCAGGUCAGACUGAUAUGUGCCUGGCUGGAGGAGCUAAUUUGAUUCUGGCCCCUGAUCUGUUCCAUAUCCUGUCAGAGAUGAGCAUGCUUUCCCCCGACAGCCGCAGCUAUAGCUUUGAUGCUCGAGGUAAUGGGUACGGGCGCGGGGAAGGGGUAGCCAUGUUGGUCCUUAAACGGAUGAGCUGUGCGCUGCGGGAUGGCGAUACCAUCCGCGCCGUGGUGCGCUCCACUGCGUGCAACCAGAACGGGUACACCCCUGGAAUCACCCAGCCAAGUAUGAGCGCUCAGGAGGCCCUUAUCAACGCGUGCUACGCGCGUGCUGGACUGGAUAAGGCUCGUACGGGAUACGUGGAGGCGCACGGCACGGGAACCCCAGCCGGCGAUCCCAUUGAGGCGGAGGCUCUAGGUGCAAGCUUCCGAGAUAGCCGGCGCCCGGGUGAGAGGCUUUAUGUGGGCUCCGUCAAAGCCAAUAUCGGCCAUUUGGAGGGAUCCAGCGGUAUCGCGGGUGUGAUCAAGGCGAUUGCCAUGCUGGAGCGAGGGUGGAUCCCCGCUAUUGCCGAUUUGCAGAGCGUCAACUCGAUGAUCGAUGAGGCUGCGUUACGUCUUCAGUUCCCUCGGUCAGGGGUCCCUUGGCCUCGUCCCGGUCUUCGACGAAUUUCCGUCAAUUCGUUUGGGUUCGGUGGCUCCAACGCCCACGCGGUGUUGGAUGAUGCGUAUCACUUCUUACUGGAGCACCAGUUGGACGGCGUGGCAUAUCGACCGCGCACGGAUUCUUCCACCCCUCAGGAAGAGAUUAUCCCCGUCUACGUCUUGCGCGACCAACGGUCCAACAAUGAGCCACCACUACUAGCAUCAUCUUCUUCAGUAGCUCCUACCGCAGCAGCAGGAGUGCAGCAAAAGCGUGUCCGGCUCCUGCCACUAUCGUCGUCAGACAAAGCAGGUAUCACUCGAACAGUCACCAGCCUGACCGAAUAUUUCCAGUCCCGCGGCGGCGGUACGGCGGAGGCGGCGACUCCCCCGUCAGUCGAAUUCUCCGAUGCACUGGCAUACACGCUCGCCCAACGCCGGACGUUUCUCCCUUGGCGCGCCUGUGCAGUCGUCCCCUCAGACAUGCCGCUGCACGAGUUUCGAACGAUGGUUUCGCCUGCGGUGAAGUCGCCAAAGACGCCGCCCAAGAUCGCGUUCGUAUUCACCGGCCAGGGUGCGCAGUGGGCGCAAAUGGGCGCCGACCUUUGUGUAUACUCCGUCUUUCGUCGGCGGUUAGAAGAGGCGGAUGAGGAUCUGCGCGCUUUUGGUUGCGAUUGGAGACUUUUAGAUGAACUGGCAAAGCCGGCAGAGACAAGUCGGAUCAACGAGCCUCGGAUUAGCCAAGUCCUUUGCACGGUCGUCCAAAUCGCUUUAGUGGACCUGCUCAAUACCUUUGGUAUCAUGUGCAGCGUGGUCAUUGGACACUCGUCGGGAGAAAUUGCUGCAGCGUACUGCUGUGGCGCCAUUUCCGCGCGCAGCGCUUGGCGGAUUGCGUUUCUGCGGGGCACGCUGGUGUCUGCUACACUGCAAGAAUCAACAAUUUCCGGGGAGAUGCUGGCAGUCGGGCUCUCUGCGGCAGACGCUGCAUCCUACCUGGAUGGAACCGAUGCAGGGGAGGACAAAAUGGGAUCUAGUCAGGUCAGCAUCGCGUGCUUCAACAGCCCGAAUAACGUGACUCUGUCUGGGGAUGAGGCGGCCAUCGACGCGCUGAAGGCCAAAUUCGACGCUGCGGGGAUCUUCGCCCGCAAGCUGUCCACUGGCGUGGCCUACCAUUCCAACCAUCUGCAUUCGGUGGCGGAUGCGUACGCGAGCGCAAUCGGGGAGAUCGAGCCCGGGGAACACGGAAGGGAGCAGGGCCUACUGCAGCGCACCGACGCCUCGGUCGUCAUGGUCUCGACCGUCUCGGGCCAGCGAGUCCCCGCCGAGAUGCUGCGCCAGGGUAGCUACUGGGCAAGCAACUUGGUACGACCCGUGCGCUUCCUCCAGGCCGUUCAAAGUCUUUUGAGCAAGCGCGGGGUCGUGAAGAAGCUCGACGGAAGCCACCGACUCCUGAUGGAUAUCAACACCUGCGUGGAAAUUGGGCCCCACGGGGCCCUGCGCGGGCCGAUCAAAGAGAUCCUUCAGGCUCAGGACCAUCCCAUGACCUACGUCUCUACCUUGCAGCGGGCCCAGCCAGGGGCUGACGCCCUCCUCCGCUCAGUGGGUCAUCUGUGGUGCCUGGGAUUAUCGAUCAACUGGAACCGGGUGAACCACGAACCCCACUCCUCCGAGACAGAUUCAGACGAGAGGGAAGGAGUAACUGUAGUGCCUCCUGCGCUUGUCUCGCUGGCCGACCUUCCCCCAUAUGCCUGGGAGCAUUCGCGGCGGUUCUUCCAUGAGAGUCGAACAAGCAGGAAUCAUCGGCUCCGCAGCAAGCCCCGAUCCAAGUUGCUCGGGGAGGCUGCGGUGGACUGGAAUGCCCUGGAGGCGCGUUGGGGCAACUUCCUGAAGCGCUCCGAGCAUCCCUGGAUCGAAGAUCAUCAGAUUAAUGGAACGAUCCUCUUCCCCGCCGCCGGCAUGAUGGCGAUGGCCGUCGAGGCCAUGCAGCAGCAGGUCCAGCUCGCCGGAGCAGCCUCUAUCAACCGGCCGAUCCUCGGCUACGAGCUCCGCGACAUUCACCUGAGCACAGCGCUGGUGAUCCCCGACCACGAGCGGGGUGUGGAAGUCCAAUUCAUCCUGCGCCGGCAGCAGCAGCAGCAACCGGGGGCCGGAGCCGGCGGCGGCAGUCGAGACGGUGGCUGGUGGUCGGAUUUCCGGCUAUGCGCAUAUCUGGAGGGUGAAUGGGAAGAAAUCUGCACAGGGAGUAUCCGGGUCGAUUUCGGGGUCGCCGAGUCUGGCAUUGGGACCCAGCGCGUCGCGCAGGCCCGCCUGCGAAGCCUGCAGGACCGGCACGCUUCCCUGCAGCAGCAGCAGCAGCAGGAGCAGCCUCAGUGGGAGGAGCGGGGAGAGCAUCAUGGUUUGGAGAUCGCGGCCUUUUAUGAACGCCUUGCCCAACAUGGACUGGAAUUCGGGCCCGCCUUCCGCACUCUUGUCGAGGCGCAGUGGGCCGGCGGCCGGGAUUGCCGCGCCGUCAUCAAGGUCCAUCAUCCACAGGAUGAUGACGAAGUGAAAUAUGUUGUCCAUCCGUGCACGCUCGAUGCGCUGCUGCACAUGCCCAUGGUGGCGCUGACGCAGAAUCCCGUACGCAGACGAUCUACGGCCAUCCCCUCCAACAUUCGACGGGUCUGGAUAGCGUCUUCGGGCCUUGGAUGGUCAUCAUCGUCGUUGUCAUCGGAGUUGCAGACUGGGUCGGAGAACACGCUGGACGCGCUGGCAGAGAUCGUGGCCACCGACCGUCGCGGGUGCGAAGUACAAUCCCAUGCCUUGAGUCAUGACCGGGCGCGUCUGCUGGCAGAGUUGGAAGGGGUUCGGCUGACGAUCGUCAAUGACAUGGCCGAUCAAAUGACCGACGACGACCAUGGGGCGCAGGACUGUACCUGGAACCUGGUCUGGAAACCCGAUCUGGAUUUGAUGACUGGGCCCCAGGUGGCUCAGUGGUGCAGCAGCAGCAGCCGCAGUAUGCCCUCAUCUCAUGAGGGCCUGGACCCGACCAGCGGGGAUCCUGCAGAUUUCUAUCGUGACUUGGCCUUCCUUCAUUACUCGAUGCUGUCGCAGAUUACAUCGUCGGGGGUGAAUCCGUCGAAACCUCACUUGCAAAAAUACAUGGACUGGGCUCGCCGCCAGGUCCGGCGAGUCGAAGCUGGCGAGACGCCGCAUUGGCAGCCAAGCUGGCCGACCUUAGCUGGAGACUUAAACUACCGCAAUGCCCUGAUGGAUCGACUAGAGCAAGUCAACGCGCAGGGACGAGUUCAUGUGGCAGUCGCCCGCCACCUGGACCAGUUGGUCGUUGGUCAAAUGGACCCCUUGGAGCUGCUGUUCGGGUCGUCCUUGUUGGAUUCGCUCUACGCCGAACUGAGCGGCAGUGACACGUCGGCAUUUACCCAGCUAGGUGAAUACCUACAGCUGUACUCUCACAAGUAUCCAAACGCCCGCUACCUGGAAAUCGGUGCUGGCACGGGGGGCACGACCGCCGCCAUACUGCACUCACUUGGGGAGAAACAGGGACAGCUAGAGGUGACCGGCCCGCGGUAUCAGGAGUAUACCUACUCAGAUAUCUCAGAGGCCUAUUUUGACGCCGCCAAGACCCGGUUCGAAAGGUACCCCGGCCUGCUGUUCCGCCGACUGGAUAUCGAGGAAGAUCUCCUGAGCCAAGGGUAUACCCCCGAGUCCUACGACGUGGUCGUCGGGGCCAACGUACUCCACGCUACCAAGGACCUCCGGGCAACGCUGCAGAAGGCGCAGGCCUUGCUUCGUCCCGGGGGGAAGCUGAUUCUUUUCGAGAUCACGGCCCCCGCCUUGGGACGGAGUGGGUUCAUCAUGGGCCUGCUACCGGGCUGGUGGCUCAGUUCUGAAGACUAUCGCAGCGAGGGUCCCUGUGUCCCAUUGUCCACCUGGGACGCACUGCUGCAGGAUACGGGCUUCACAGGCGUGAAGCAAGAAUUUCGCGACUAUCGCAGCGAUACCUGCCAUGAGCUAAGCGUACUGAUCAGCAGCCGCCAGGUCCCAUCCGACGGAGCUGGCAUGCUCCUGCAGGAGCUCGAUACACCGGGUCCUGCGCCUCCAGCGGUGGUGAACAUCGUGGCUCAUCCAACUCACAGUCCUCAGGGGGAAGGGCAGAGUGUUCCUUACGCAACUGCCAUCCAGAAAUACCUGCAACACAUCGGAGUCCCCAGCCAGAUUACCCCAAUGGACCAAGUGGAACCCGGGACGAGGCUCACCAUCGUGACUGUCGACUUGGACCUGGAUCGGCCGUUUCUACGCAGCAUGAACCCUGAGGACUUUGCAGCGCUCCAGCGGAUGAUCCGCCACAGUCACAAUGUGGCCUGGGUGAGUCGCACGGUUGACGAUGGCUCCUCGGACCCAGCAUACAACAUGGUCACGGGCCUGGCGCGGGUCUGCCUUGCUGAAGAGGAAGGGCACCGGUUUCUCCGCGUCGGGCUGACGGGGGCGCCCAUGAACAACACGCCUUCCGAGGCCCAGCUGAAAGCCCUUCUGCUGGCCGUCCAACAGAUGCUGCGGCCCGCCGCCGAUCCCUCCUCAUCGGAGGCUUACGAGAUGGAAUAUGAGCAGCGAGCUGCAGAAGGAAAAGACCUGUUUCACAUCGCCCGACUCCAGCAAGACCGAUAUUGCCAGGAGGGCGUGCAUCGAACGCUCCACCCAUUGAUCUCGGAGGACCGGCCGUGGCAGGAGGCGCCAAUGCCACUGAAACUCACGACGCAAACCCCGGGGCUUCUGGAGUCGCUGCGAUUUGUUGCGGAUCAGGAGCACAAUGCCGUGCCGCUGGCGGCAGACGAGGUGGAGAUCCAAGUCCACGCCGUCGGACUGAACUUCAAGGACUGCCUCAUUGCCCUCGGCCGCGUGCCCGCUGACACUCUGGGCAAUGAGUGCGCCGGGGUGGUGACACGUGUAGGGCCCGCCUGCUCCCCGGACAAGGUCCGGGUCGGGGACCGCGUCUGCAUGUCCACGGUCGAGGCAUUCAAGACGUAUGCCCGCAGCAAGGUCCAGUGCGUGUGUCGCCUGCCGGACGCCAUGAGCUUCACCACCGCCGCUGCCAUCCCGACGCAGUUCGUCACCGCCUGGACAAGCCUCGUGCAGAUCGGACGGCUGACCCAAGGGGAGAAAGUGCUGAUUCAUGCCGGUGCUGGCGGCACCGGCCAAGCAGCGAUCCAGAUCAGCCAGUACCUCGGGGCAGAUGUUUACGUGACCGUGAGCUCGGAGGCCAAAAGAGAUCUCCUCAUGGACACGUACGCGAUCCCGGAGGGGCGUAUCUUUUACAGCCGCGAUGUGGCCUUUGCGCAGGGCGUCAAGGAUGCGACCGGGGGUCGUGGAGUAGACCUGGUGCUCAACUCGCUAUCCGGCGAGUGUCUCCUGGCCUCGUGGGACUGCCUGGCGCCCUAUGGCCGGUUCGUGGAAAUCGGCAAGAAAGAUAUCCUGGACAACGCGCGACUCCCCAUGCUCCCCUUCAACCGGGGGGUCAGCUUCUCGGCGUUUGAUGGAUCGACAUGGAUGCUCGAGCGUCCGGAGCAGGCCGAGCGAGGCAUUCACACCAUCAUGGCGCUGUUUGAGCAGGGCGUGUUGCAACCUGCCCACCCAUUGCGCGUCCGGUCUGUGACGGAGGUGCAGCAGGCUUUUGCCGCGCUCGCCGACGGGAAGACCAGCGGCAAGACCGUUAUCGAGAUUACCCCAACCGCUUCGGUGCCGAUGACCCUGCCCGCGGCGAUGCCGACCCAGGGCUUCCUGGGCGAUGCCACCUAUGUGCUCGCAGGCGGCUUUGGCGGUAUUGGCCGCAGUAUCGCGCGCUGGAUGGCCGAGCGCGGCGCCCGCCACCUCCUGAUACUCUCGCGCUCGGGGCCGCAGAGCCCUGAAUCCCGCCAGCUGGUGGCCGAGCUCCACGGGGCGGGGGUCCGUGUGCACGCGCCUGUCUGCAAUCUCGCCGAUCGGGAGACGCUGUCGCGCGUGCUCCACGAGGCCCAGUCCCCUACCGGAGCCGCGAUGCCGCCGAUCCGCGGCUGCAUCCAGGCAUCAAUGGUUCUGCAGGAUACCCUACUUGCCGAGAUGACGCACGCCCAAUGGGUCGCCGCCGUGCAGCCCAAGGUGGCCGGGUCAUGGAACCUCCAUGCCUGCCUCGAGCACCAACCGCUGGACUUUUUCGUCUGCCUGUCCUCCGUGUCUGGCGUCGCGGGUCAGCGCGGCCAGUCCAACUACGCCGCGGGCAACACCUUCCAGGACAGCCUGGCACGGUACCGCGUAGCGCGCGGGCUGCCAGCCGUGAGUCUCGACCUCGGGGCCAUGGUCGACGACGGGUUCCUGACGCAGAACCAAACCAUCCGAGACCGGCUGCUGGGCGGCGGAUCCAUGGUGCCGAUUACCCGCCCCAAGUUCCUGGCCCUGCUGGAAUUCUACUGCUGCCGUGCGAUGGAGGACGCGAGUGACAAGGACGAGGAGGAUCUUGUCGUCGUGGCGGUGGCGCCAGCGGACGCGCCGCCCCUGACGCUGGCCAACUGCCAGACGGUGUUCGGGAUCAAUACUCCUCAGGCCAUGCAGGUGCGCGGACUGGAUGAGCCCGGGUGGAUGCAGAGGCCCUUGUUUGGCCUCCUUCAUCGCGUGUCAACCGCCUCCCACCAGCACCUGGACUCGAAGAGCGGGCCCGGGCGUCGUCCGGCUCGCGAUUUCCGGGCCGAACUGGGCCAGGCCGCCUCCCUGGAGGAGGCCACGCUGAUCGUUGCCCAGGCCCUCAUUGCUAAAAUCGUGCGCAGUCUCUCCGGGCUGGCCGAUGAGGAUGUGGAGGCGAGCCAGCCCAUUGUCAGCUGCGGGGUCGAUUCGCUCCUGGCGGUGGAGAUUCGCAGCUGGUUUGCCAAGAUCUUCCAGGCCGACGUGUCCACCUUUGAGAUCCUGGGUGGGAUGAGCUUCGAACGGGUGGGCCGGCUGGUGGCCAUACGUAUUUUCGAAAUGGUCUUGACUGGCCCCAUCGUUAAGGAAUAA